UCACACUUCGUUUCAUGCGAUAGUUCGCUCACUGAUUCCAAGUACGGAGUAUACACAAUAUAUUCCCUUUGAUCCUUGACAACCUCGUUGCAGCUUGCCCUAAUGCCCCUCAUUCAGUUUGUGGAAUUAAAACCACUUCGCGACUGCCCUUCCCUCCGAUAGCUGUGUACUCGCAACCUCCGCCCACUCCGCGUCCCCGUCCCUUUCGCCAUCACCAGCCCCGGUGCCUUGCAGCUACAAGUGUCAAACCGCGUGUUUCUUCGGCGCUCCAGUGUUUCCAAAACAGCUUCCUACAUCAUCAUAUACUUGGUCGAGCAUCCCCUGCCCUGUGAAUGCUGGUCACAAUCCCACGUCCCGUGGACGCAGCACGGGUAGCCCGACCCCGAGCAUCACGUCCUCAAACUACUCCCACCCUGAUACCACACACCGUGACAACAUGGAGGACAACACGAUGCACGUCCAGCCCGGCCGCUCCGUCGGCUUCAUGACGCUCGGCAGCUCGCUGCACGAAGUCCUAACAACCAUCAAAGGCGACGUCAGAGGCUUCCCUCGGAUCCACCUGACGCACGACGACGAGCGCCCCAUAGAAUCGCCCAUACAUGUCGGCCUCCCCGAUAACGGGCUGCGCCUGCAGUUCGACGGACCAGACCAGCGGCUGCGCUUGAUAGAAGUGCUGGAUUUCAGCAAAGUCAGACUUGUGUACAAGGACGUCGAGAUCUACAAACCGGCAGUGGGACAAACCGCCAUGAAAUCGGGAGCGCCAGGACCCACGUUCAGGCACAUUUACGACAAAGUCCUGGGGCCGACGUACGGCGGUGAAUACACAGCGCCGCGCGGAAACGACCCGGGAAUGAAGGGCACAUACAACCUCUCCUAUCCCGGCAUCGCUUUCAACUUCCCCGUACGCCACGAUUCCUACUCCCCGGACAAGAACGUGAUUGCCCUGCUCUCCUCCUCCGUAACCGGACCAGCGACCUCCAUGGCCGUCUUCAGCGGAGAGUCCUGGCAGAAGGCGAGGGCCACACUAUUCACGGCACCUCCGCCCUACCCACGCGCCUCGUCCCUGCUGACCAAAGGUCGCGAAGACGUGCCCGAGGAAAUCGAACUCGCACGAAUCCACGACGAGGGCAAGAUAGAAUUCAUACGGCGGUCAAGCCCCCCCUUCUGGCUCGUCCUCAACGAAACCACACCGCAGGACCUCAUCAUGGAGCUCGGUGCGCCGGACUCGAUAUACAAGAAGAGCGACCACCGGUUAUCCAUCCACCAGAAAGAUCGCAGGUCCAGCGAUGUCUCCGAUAACUCUGCGGCGGGGUUCCGACGCGAUGACCCGCGUCACUCCGAAGAUAGCUCGGGCUUUGGCGCAGAGGACCGCGAUGACGACGACGAUGAUGACGAUGACUGGGAAGACGACGACGCAAUUCGCGAGCGCGAAGCCGACUCCGCAGAUCACUUCUACAACUACUACACGCACGGCUUCGACAUCCUGAUUUCGCAACCCACGCACCGCACCUCCGACCUCUCUCCCCCCUCCGCCUCCCCACCCUCAGAAAGCGACAAACCCUCCGCCAUACCCCUGGGGCACCUGACAGCCACCAAAAUCCUCUUCCACGGCAACGUCCCUGGAUCCUACCAAUUCAACCGGCACCGCAGGAGCCGCUGGCGAAUCGAAAUUUGCAGCGCCGGGCUGGACAGGGAGCCAUUAACGUCGGAGAUGCGGUUCGAAGAGGAACUGGCGCCAAGACUGAAAAGGGCGUUUCGCGCGUUUUAUGAGAGUGAGGAGGAGGAGGCGUUGUUGCAAAGGGGGAUGGCGCUGAAUCGCGGGUGGGGGGAUAGUCCGGGGAGUAGUAUGGAGUUGCUGACGCAGUGGGAUGGGGGAUUGGGGGGGAACAGGCGGGAGGGGAGGAAGGUGGGGAUGUCGGCGUUGGCGGGGGGGAAUGGUGGGUUUGGGGUUGGGGUUGGGGUUGGGGAGGGUGGAGAGGCGGAGGUCGGGAAUGUUGAGUUGUUUGGGUUUCCGGGGUUGGUGUUUGAGGUUUUGAGGAAUGGGGCUAUUAAUGUUUCAUCGCCUCGUUCCACCUACUCGACAGACAGAGGAGUCGAACUUGAUGCGUUCAACCUCCAGUGCCAAAAGCCGAACUCGUUAAGUGCUCGCUAUUCUCAACUGGACGUCAGCAUAUCAUCACGGCAAGUUAAACUUUCCGGGGAAGAAGUCCGGAAAGGAGAGGAAAGCCCGUGAAUUACUAUUGCCAUCGCAGGAGUAUAAUUUAUAAAGGGAAAAUAAAAACGGAAGGAAAAGGAAAUGAACAAUACCGGGAAAGACACGACUACAUGAUGGUAUACUACUGUGCAGAGGAAAGCUUGGAAGUAAAGUACUGUAUUCGCCGUGCAGAUCCCAUUCCGUCGCUUGAAUCCCGGUAUAGAAAACGGCAGAUUUCAUGGUAUGUGGCAGUUUGGUUUGAAUGAUUCUUCGCCCUUCCAUGUCCUUUGUACUUCCGAUGAGGGUGAUGAUGGUGAUGACAGAUGGGAACCGGUGAGGGAAUAGCCGUGGAAAAUGAUAAAGUAGGAACCCUGUGACGAGAGAGUUUCGAAGAGGUAGGGAUCCGGAAAGAGGACUCCGAAGUAUCUAAGGUCUAAAGCCUC